GGAAAUGACCGUAAACUUGCUAAAUAUUGGGAGGCAACACGUAGAUCAGGCGAAAAGUAUAGCAAACCAUUAAUUAACGUUAAUAACGUUAAUAAUUCCAUUUCUGUAAGUGGAGGUGGAACCAUAGGAUCCAUAAACAGUGGAGUUAACAAUAACAAAACCUUCUCAUCUAGGAAAAGAUAUCAGGAAGAGUACGAUUCCAAUGAAGUAGCUUCCAAAAGAAAGCGUCAAAAUGCUGGAGACGGAAAUACUAUAAAUUCAACUGAAUCUGUGGAAAUAAUCGAUGACUCAGAAAGCGAGACCGAACCGAUUGAUAUAGAUCAGGAUGAAGAAGAAAUUAGGAGGCUCACACAAGUAUUUAUUUUAUUUGCAGUCUUUUAA